UUAAACAUAAAUAAGAUUCAGUGACUUGCUAACAGCAGGGAAACUUGGAUGACCUUUAACGAGACUAAAAAUACAUCAUGAAUGAUUCAGAGCAAACGAAAAUGGCCGAAGAAGUUGAAGAGUCGCUGCAGCCUCAGUGGCCUGAAAAUGGAGAAGAGUGGAGUGAAGAGGAGGCCGAGACUAGCAUGGAAUGUGGCCUCUUGCAGGUCAUGGAGGAGGAGGAUGAAGAGAUCAACAUCCAUAAUGAUGAGACUUUCGGCAUGGACGAAGACACACAGGCUACCCCAAAUGGGCCCAACAGCACUCUCAUUGAGUUUGGGGACCAGCCGCCUCGACCCCCCACGCCGCUGCCUAACCUCAGACCUCCGCCGCCUCACAGCUUGCUCUCUCCUUCUGUACGGGUGCCCCAUUACAUGCAGCGAAGCAGAGGGCAAGGGCUCAGGAGGGGGCUGGGCACGGCUCAUAUCUUCGAAGACCCCGCUGUGAUGAGAAUUGUGGAGUGGCGGCCCAGCCUUAAGAGCCUGGACAGCGCUAUCGUGGACUGUGGAAAUGUCAUGGCUCGUCAUCCCUCUGAGGACUGGAUGGAACCGUCAUACAGCAAGACCAGAAGAGUGUCGGGAUCGAUACUUCAGGACAGCGCUAUAGUGUGUGUUAUUGAGAGCCACGGAGGCCAACACCUGACCUCCAACUUCCUGGAUCCCGUCGCCUCCUCCUUCAGGGGCAGGAGGGGAGGGGAACUGUGGGGGCCCCAUUCAAGGCGGCAGUUUGGUCUGAGAAGCCCUUCACAGGUGCCCAUGAUGUCGGGUCCCCCUUUCUCCCGUCAGCCAUUAACCCAGAGGCAGUGUUACAAUCAGACGGGAGGAUUUGGGUACCCCCCAAACCGGCCGUGCCCUUUCACCCCGCAGCCACUCGCUCCCAAAAUGAUGCAGCUUCGUUUUGGCCCCAACUCGCCAAGGCCGUCCCCCUUCUACAGUCCCUCAUCUAAUCCAGUGCAACAUUUCAGAUACCCUGGCCCAGUCACCCAGCUCCACCCGCAGCAUAAACGCGCACUUAACCAAAAACAACGCACAUUCCAGAGAAAACCGGACGGGUGGGAUCCUUAUUGUAAUCUGAUGACAGCCAAGGAGAAGGAAUGGAUAAUCCGGCUUCAGAUGAUCCAGCUGCAGAGUGAGAAUCCGUACCUUGACGAUUACUACUAUCAGGAGUAUUACAGACGAGUGGAAGCCAAGAUGGCAGAGGAGGAGCUGGGCAUCAGGAGCAAGCGGGAGCCCCCCAAACUCACCACUCCUUACAUCACAAAAACGGACACCUACGCACCAGUGGUGCACAUCGAAGGCUCCCUGGGUCAAGUGGCGGUGUCCACUUGUUAUUCUCCUCGCCGCGCCAUCGGGGCUGUUCACGCGGUUCAAGCUCAGGGUCCACUCGAGGAGCAAAAGGACACAAGACACCAACGAUUAGAACUUCUGAGCGAAAUUGAAAAUCUGUAUGUAGUUCUGUUAGAGGUGGAAGAGUCGAAUCGGACCAAAGCCCCCCUGCUGUCCGAGGCCGAGGAGACAAGUUUGAUGGAAAAAACCCAGAGGAAAGUGGAGCACAUCUUCUGCAGGAUGCAGCACCAUGAUGUCCUGAAUUCGGAAGGCGAAUUUCUUCCUUUCCUGGCGGUCUCCAAGGGCAAAAAGCUUCUUGCCCGCCUCUUGCCGUUCUUGAAACACGAUUCGGCCGUAACCAUCCUGAGGAUCGUCGCCUCCAACCUUCCAACGCUGAUGAGCAGAGACACCGAAGAGAACCUCCCAGUCCUCUACCCUCCUCUGCGAAAUCUGAUCGGAGGCCUGUACUUCAGUGAGCUGAUUGGGAUCCUCAGAGUUCUGACCUCGUCGGAGAACCUCUCCACGAAUGAAUGUCUCUCACUGGUGUGCCAGAACAAGUUUGGGAUCUCGCUGCUUUACGCUCUACUGUCCCACGGGGAAAAAUUGUUGUCCUCCGGUGUUCCUCUGGAGCCCAGCAUCGGUGACUUUGAGAAAUGGACGGACACAAUAUUCCAGGUGGCGGGGCAGCUUUCCCAGUGUUCUCUGGUGGAGCCGCUCCUCCUGCCCACCAACCUGCUGACGCUCUUCUGCCGCUACUUGGACAAGCGCACGGUGCACCAGCUCAAAAGCAACAUGGAGUCUGCGACAGGAGGCCUGGCGCUUCCGUCCUGAGCACGACUGCGCAUGGCCAUGUGAUACCGAGCAAAGGCUGAACUUGCACUUAGAAGCUUGUUGUGGGUUAAAAAGCUUCAAUGUAAUGUAUCCAUUUUGAAUUUGAUUUCUUCCCCCUCCUACAUCACUCAUUUGUGCACACCCAGAAACUGUUUGGGGUUUUUUUUGGGUCACUCUUUUGUCUCAAGCGGUUUGGCUUAUAAAGUCAGAAAUACAAGUUUGCUGUUUGUCCCUGUUUGUGUAUUUCAAUCAAAUUUUGUUGGAUCACAAGUUCAGUAUUGUGUAGGAAUAUUUGAUUGUACAGUUAUAGCAAUCACUCAGUUAUAAUGUGGCCCAUGCACAUUACAGCCAUGCAGGGGGUGUUUUUGUAAAAAAAAAAAGUACGAGUUGUCUAUUUGAUGUGAGCUUUGGUUUGGGAACAAGGAUGAUUUAAAUGUCACACUUGUAC